AUGCCUUCCGUAAUCGCCAAAAUCCUUGUCGCGGCCCUCGCCGCUGGCGCCGUCAAUGCUCUCCCUCAGCCGGUUCCGUCUUCUACCACAACUACCCUGCAGCCCGUUGCCUCCACCACUGCAGCGCCUGCGCCAGUGCAAACCGACUUCUCCGCCCUGAUCUCCGAGCUUCAAGACGCCCCCACCGCCAUCGACCGCUACAAGAAACUCUUCACCUCCGGCGGUGCGCUUCUCCCUAAAGAGGAGCUGCAGCAAAGAGUCGUGUUCGACUUCAAUGGCGCCACGCCCGCCAACGGCGCCAAAGGCGGCGCCCUCAAAGCUGCCAACAUCGCCACCUUCCCCGUCCUCACGGACCUCGGCAUCUCAACCACAAUGGGCUUCCUCAACCCCUGCGGCAUCAAUACCCCUCACACGCAUCCACGCGCGACCGAGUUCCUUACCGUAGUCGAUGGCUCCCUCGACUUCGGCUUCAUCGUCGAGAACGGGCUUGUGGCUGCGGGCAAUAGCGCCGAGGUCACUGGCCACAUCGCCAAAUUCCAGGGCGCCGUCUUCCCUGUCGGUAGCAUCCACUACCAGUUCAACAAUGGCUGUGAGCCGGCGACGUUUGUGGCAAGUUUGAACAACGAGGAUCCGGGCACCAGCCAGGUCGCGCAGAACUUCUUUGGCCUGAAUGCGGGCGUUGUGGCGGCUACCCUGGGUUUCCCUGACGCGCUCGAGGGCGCGGAUAUCGAGAGUUUUAGGGCGCUGAUUCCGGCCAAUGUUGCGCAGGAUGUUGAGGUUUGCUUGGCGAGGUGUGGCAUUGCGAAGCGGUAG